CUGUCACCCGCCUUUCAUCGCCUCCCUGCCACCCCUUGGUGAGUUUCUCCAGAGGAGGCAUCAAAGUUUCCGGUGGAGGAAAAAGCCUUGAGCUGCAGCUUCAUGACCAAACAGUCCAGGACUUUCAGUCAAGGCUCCAUCAUUGCACAGGUACAUCUGGGUGAAGUUUUUCCCUUUGUCGUUGGUUCUUCAAACUGUCUAAAGAAAAACCUCCACAACAUUUGACCAAUAAAAUAACAAUCCAAGGACUGCAUGAGAGAAACCUAAGAGAUACACUGCAAACGACUGGCAGUGUGUUAAACAAGAAGGUCCUAAAGCAAAGGGAUACAAAACAGACAACCGACAUCUCAGUAAAGCGAACUGAAAAACCAGCAGACUCUUUUGUUGUGUUCUCCUGAGAUUCUUUCCCCCAAACUCAAUGCUUUUACUGAGCAUGUGUCAUAAAGGGCGGUCAACACACAAGCAAAGAUGAACCCUUAUGUCACUUCACACUUCAGGAGGGAUCUCUUCCCCCACUUCCAUUUGUUGUAGACUUUUGUCUACCCUGCUGUUACUGGUUAAAUGAAAUGGCUUCUUCUAGAUGUGUACAGUUAUAGCAGUAGCUGUUGUCUAUUGUUUUUCAGUCACUCUUUGUACUUGCCACAGUGCAGGGUUACGGUUGAGGGUUUGAUUCUGUCCCCUGUUCCAAAGAGACUGGAUUUGAAUACUCUGUAUACUUGUCAGGAUUCAGUAGUAGAGUUCUCUGGAGAUCGUUGGGCAAGGUAAAUACUAUAACUACAAGCAUACCUUUUCAUAGCCAGAUAUAUUUGCACAUUUUUUCUUUUGCUUUAUUUAAACUUUUGUCAGUUUCUCUUGCAAGUUGUUAUUUUCACAUUUCAUCUGCAUAUGAUAAUCUUCUAUUUUGUUUGCGGAAAUUCUCUUUGAUGUUCAGGUAGCCUUUUGUGAUCUUGUUCAAACAGAGAUACAGAGUUAGAGACUACAAUCCACCAACACAGUUGCAUUCUCAGCCACCUUUGUUCUCAGCACUUCUCCUUUUGUGGCACACACCUGAUCUAUCAACUCUGGCACCAGACCUCCAGAAAAAUUUAGAAAACUUCUUCAGGUGACCUGUGUGCUUACCUUUUCCCUCCUUAUAAAUCUUCCACUUAAAGCUAAAAACACGAGUAAUGUCGGAGAUAGAUCAAAGUAAUCUCUCUCUGUUGUUUUCUUCCCUUCUUCUUAUCUUUUGUCAGGCUGGCGAUUUCUCAGCCGUAAUGCUGAGCUGUAAUGAGGUAUGUCUGCUCUGAGAAACUAACUGUUGCAGGUGAUUACUAACAGCCGUGUAGUUCAGCUCAAUAUUAUUCACACAAUAGUCAGUACACAAAACAAGUCUUCACCAAAUUGACAAUGGCCAUUAAACAGAUAUGCAGACCCUUAGAAAGAAAAUGUGAAAUUGUUAAAGCAGUGACAUGAUUGAACAGGAAAUGGCAAACAAAACAUGGUUCUUUCAGUUGGGACCCUCUUGUUGGGCAAAAGUGACAUUUCCUUGACUUGUGAAGGCAACUUCAAAUUAUAAGACUAGUUUAAGUCUGCGGAUACAUUGUGUGAAUCUGCUUAUUAAAUUGUGUGUACUAUAGUCAGUGCUUUAUCCAAGACGUAUUGGCACUGAAUUUUGAAUGAUGAAUAAUGACAGUAGACAUUUUAUGUACUGAAAGUACUGUAUUCUUCGUUUCCUCAUGCUCAUACCAAGGGGUUGUGAAACUGGGAAGAACUCUGAUCGUAAGAAGUGGCAUGUUUUUUUGCUUUUUUGACUGCAUGUUGGAGAUGAUUUUAACAUAUCGUCCCAUUUGAAGUAAAUUUGGAUUUGUCUGUCUUGUAUGCAUCUUGUCACAAUAUUCUGGAAGGUACCCUGUAAUGAGCUGUAUAUCCUUUACAUGUUUCCUACUCUAUUGCAUUAUCAGUUUAUAGCUUUUAUUAAUUGAUACCUGCUCGAGGCUUCCCUUUUAUUGUUUUGAACUGAACAGAACCAAUCCUGCAUGCUUCUGUGAUGUCUGUUGAGGUCAAUCUAUCCCUACCACUCCUUGUCAAAAGAAUUCUUGUAAACUGGGGGUCACAGAAAUAGAUUUCUAUUGCUACUACUGACAUCCUUCUUUUCAGCUCACCUCACUUUACCUUCUUCAGUGAGUAUAAUUUAAGGACAUUGGUUGUUAAUGAAUGCAACUGUGGCCCUACUUCAAGAAAGCCCACUUUGUUUGCUGAGGGAUCUAUCACUGAAAGGAUAGACUCUACUGGUAAACAGCAUUACACGUUGGGGAAAGUAAACAAGUGACUGAUCAAUGGCCUUGGAGGGAAUUAUCCUCUGGCUACCAUUAGCCACUAUGGACUUGCAAUUAUCUCUUCAUUAAGAAGGACUUAAAGACUUAAUUGACUGCAUCAAGGUGCUUAAUUACCACAUCAACAAUCAAAUCAAAGCACACUGAGGAAUACUGAGUAACUGUCAACUUCUCCCUAAUAGAGAGGGGACUUUAUAGUACAUGAUGGGAGCAGCACGUGUGAAACGUCGCUUCAGUGCUGUGGUGGAUGGGCCAGUGGAGGAGGAGGAGGUCAUGAGGCUAGCACAGAGUGCUGCAGAUACGGCUAGGGCAGGGGGAAGUCCAACAGAGUCGGGGACCCCAACCAGCCCCUCCCCGACCCAUGCCCUAAACGGCAAAACUUUACCUCUUCAGAGCAACACCAACAAUGCACGGAGGCAGAGUGCCAUUGGAGAGUCAGUUGGAGGAGACGCAGGAGAAGGCGGGGUGAGAGCAGGAGGAAUGUGCUCAGGGCUAAGGAGUGGAAGAGGCGGUAGUGUAGGAGGAAGAGGGAAAAGCCGUUCAUCCUCGGACCAGGAUUCACUCCCUUCCCCCUCCGCUACCAGCCGCCGGCGCACUAGGCACACCAGGCGCUCAAGCCGCUGGCCCCGACAACGCUUUGUGGGCAAGGACGGACGCUGCAACGUCACCUUCGUCAACAUGAGCGAGAGGGGCCAGCGCUACCUCAGCGACCUCUUCACUACCUGUGUGGACAUCCGCUGGCGCUGGAUGCUGGUCAUCUUCACCCUCUCCUUCCUUCUCUCCUGGCUGUUCUUUGGGUUUGCCUUCUGGCUCAUUGCCUCCGUGCAUGGGGACCUCUCCAUUCGGCUUACCCCCAGCUCAGGUUCCUCUCCGGGAUCAGGAGAGGCUGGGUCUGGAGGAGAGUCUGAUAGAGAGGCAAUGCUUGAGGAGCCGUGCUUCCUCCAGGUGAACAGCUUCAUGGCGGCCUUUCUAUUCUCCUUGGAGACGCAGACAUCCAUCGGUUACGGAUUCAGAAGUGUGACCGAAGAAUGUCCCCUGGCGGUGGCGGCGGUCGUUUUGCAGUGCAUUGUGGGCUGCAUUAUUGACGCCUUCAUCAUCGGGGCAGUCAUGGCAAAGAUUGCCAAGCCCAAGAAGCGCAAUGAGACGCUGAUUUUCUCUGACACAGCUGUGGUGGCGCUGAGGGACGGGAAACUCUGCAUGAUGUGGAGGGUCGGAAACCUACGCAAGAGCCACCUGGUAGAGGCACAUGUUCGAGCACAACUAUUGAAGCCAAGGGUGACAGCAGAGGGAGAGUUCCUCCCGCUUGACAAUGCGGACAUCAAUGUGGGUUUUGACACUGGCACCGACCGCAUCUUCUUGGUCUCGCCAGUGACAAUUGUCCAUGAGAUCAACGACGAGUCGCCCUUCUUCGAGAUCGACCGAAAGACCCUGGAGAAUGACUCUGAGUUGGAGGUGGUGGUCAUACUCGAGGGCAUGGUGGAGGCCACAGCCAUGACCACACAGUGCCGUAGCUCCUAUCUGGCUUCUGAAAUCCUCUGGGGACACCGAUUCGAACCAGUGCUCUUCGAGCGGAAAGACUGCUACCAGGUGGACUACUCAUUCUUCCAUCGGACAUAUGAAAUCCCGACCACACCUUCAUGCAGUGCUAAAGAGCUGGCCGAGCAGAAGUACAUUCAAAGCUCACGCUCUUCAUUCUGCUAUGAGAACGAAGUGGCUCUGCAACUCGUCUCCCCUGAUCAUGAGCCUGACCAAGACCCUGAGUGUCCCUCCCUACCUACACGAAGGCCAUCCCUGGCAGAACAUCUCCACUACAACUGAACCAGUGGGAUAGGUGGCCAUAAGGGAAAAUAAACAGGAAGUAGACCUGGAGGUUUAGAGGAAGAACAGGAAAAAAGAGAGGGUUAGAUGGGUAGGAAUGGGCAGAUCAAGAGAGACAGGAUUAAAAGUAGAUAGGGCCAUGGAUUUGCCAGUGUAGGAUAAAGGAUAGGAAGUGACAUUGUUUACUGUGAUUAGAAAGGAAAGAAAGUCCAGCAUAAGAGCAAGUUAAGAGAUCUCUUAGAAUUUUUAAACGUUUGCAAGAUUUAGAUAAGUACUACUAUACAGAUUAGAUUGCACAGAGAAAUAGAAAGGACAUAGACUGAUAGAGAAACAGUGAGAGGUUUGGGGUCAGUCUAUAGGGGAGAUAGGUUACUACACUGACCUAGUUGUCUGAUUGGUCCUGGCAAUCUUUCAGAAUCAUUGAAAACUUGUCUGCUAAGUCUCACAUCUGGCCUAUCACUACCACAACACACUCAUCUGGCUUUAAUGCCUGACUGGCAGAAUAUACAAGAGCACCCCAUGGUGGCUCUAACCUGCAACUGCACCUCCAGUUUAAUGCUCUGCAGGAAUUCUUCACCUCUAUUUGAGGUGGCAAUGAAUGGUAGUGUACCUAGUGAGGUACAACUCAGGAAUGUUUUCCACUAUGAUGCUGAUUUAUCAUUUUAAUGCUGUAUUUUCUUAUGGUAAGUAUGGAUAGUGAACAUUUUGUGAUACUUUGAACUUGGGGGGGGCUGUUGAGAAUGUAGUUGAGUAUUAGGCUAGGCUACUGGUAGCAACAGUAACAUGGAGAAACAGCUGAAAACUAGCAGCGGUUUUGAGCAGUUUCUUUUUCAUGUUAUGAGCUAUAUGUUGUUUGGUUUUUUGGCUUUUUUUUCUAUGUGUCAUGCAAAAAUGUUCACUGAUUGUUAUUUAAUCUGACAUUUUGUGUUGAGUUGAAUACCAUGUGGUCAGAGGAAGCAUGGUUAGUCAUUUUCAAACCACUGCAGUGAUACACAAUGACAGAUGACGAUGGCUGUGUCCGGACCAGUUAAUUACCAUACUUUCUUUCUUGCACUACUAUCUACAGUAUCUUCUCAUGUUCUGUGUUGCUAAAAUCAACCACACUGUAUUGUUUUGUUCUGUUACUUUUGGAUUAGACAUUAUAAUAUUUUAAGUGUCUUGGCACUUGGAAGACCCUUGAUGGUUCGGACUGAAUCCAAGGCUAAAGUGGUUGCUCUCAUUGACUCUGUAAAUGCACUGGAGGCCUACAGUAACCUCCAACAUCACAAGAACUUUAACUGAGCUGAACUGAGUGGGAGAGGUAUUCUGACGAUGAUGUCAGGCUUGCUUUUUCUGCAUCUCUGAGAAUAAAACAACUGUCUAACAGCUGCACAAGUGGAAGAGGAUUGAACUGGAAACUACACCACAUUCAUAGAAAAUUCAGUAUUUUUGUUACCAUAAAAUCAUGUGACACCCUACUCUAAUUCUAAUGUGUUAUGGUAGUGAGUGGUGCCUUCAUAACAAACCAGAUAUUUUGCGACUGGCCCUUCAUCUGCAGCUGCAGCUUAUUUUUAUUAUUUGUAUUUGCAUAAUGCUACUUAUGCAACAGUGUUUUUUCAAUCACUUUAACAUUUGCAGUAUGUUGUUCUAAGUAGACAAAAAUGUCUAUGCAAAUUAAUUACUGUGAAUCUGCUCAGUAACUAAGUAGUCUCAAUAUGAACAUGCACUGAUAACAUAAAGAUGCUUUUAGCUGUAUUGUAUUGUAGACUAUGUAAUAGUUGCACAGUUAUAUUACAAAGCACCUGGAAUGUUCUUGUUUGUUUUAGAUCCUGUAAUAAUUUGGAGUAAAUAAUGCCACCUGAGUAUUUAAGUGUUUGAUUACAGAAGGUAAAGGAAAUGCAACUCAGUGUCAGGAGUGCAACAUGAUAUUAAGUGUUGACCAAUCAUCAGUCUGUCCAACGCACAUCCUGGGAACUUGUUCUUUGUACUUUGCACAGAAGUAAUAUAUGGAGACUAAUAUCACUAAUUAAGCUCUACAACAGCACAGUAGUGUUGAUGGAUCAGCACAGGUUAACCGCAAUGCAUCAGUUGCAGUGUUUCACUUCAGUUAUUGAAAUAUUUUUUCAUGGUUACCUCAGGGGGGUUUGAGGUAUUAAUAACAUAUUAUCUGUUACAAUUAGUGUUAAGGCUGUUCUAUGUUUGUGUCCUCCCUUCACUUCCCCUUCAUGGAUACCAUGUUCUAUUUAUAGUCUGCAUGGGGGUCAUGUCGUUCACCCUUCCUCCACUUCCAUGAAAUGUAACUUGAACUUACAGAACCAUCACUUUAACAACGAUAGCACUUUUUAAACACCCCAGAAAGAAAUAGAGCAACUUCACUGCUUGCUUAGGAUUCACAGUACACAUACUACAUUUUUUAAAUCAUAGGUAUUUAUAAUAUACAUAGUGUAAAAUACAUAGUAUAGGGUCAUUUUUAACAGAUGAAACCAAUGAAAGCUGUAGCUACCUUUCCUGUGUUAUUUUUACUAAAGAGAACUGCUCCAACAUUGAAAUGUAAUUUCAGAGCUGCCUCAGGCACAGAGCACUUCCAAAUGAAACUGAACUGUGUUGUAGAGCAAAUAAAAUACAGGGAUUGUAUUGCAA